AUGCAGAGAAGUGAAAUACAAACAAAUAAAGACAGCCUCUAUAAUUUGCUGGAAAUAUCGAAAAAAGCAAGCACUGAGGAAGUAAGACAUGCGUACAAAAAGGCAGCAAAAAAAACGCACCCAGAUGCAUACGUGGAGUCCACUGGGAAGUUUGAGGAGAUAAACAUGGCAUACUCAAUACUUGCAAACAGAAAGCAACGGCUUCUGUACAACAUGUUUGGCGACAGCAUUCUUCCCAUUCUAGUGGACAACAGGUACGCGCAGUACAUAGAGUCACUUCUUACAAACAAGGCCUUGGUGCUAGGAUUAGUUGCUCUGAACUCUUUUAUUCUGGCGACUGUUUUCUAUCCAUAUUUGGUGCUUCUUGCAGGAGUUGAGAUUAUUCCAUUUUUUGCGCUGACAAUGGUGCCGCACUUUGUAGUGUAUUUCAUUGCAAUGGGCACGGUUCUCAAGAUGUGUCCUGUGGAGGUAAAGUACAGGGCAUCUAGCUAUGGGGCAGUGGCAGGCCUUAUUCUGCUGCAGGCCUUAUUUAGUCUUCUCUAUAUAGACAAGAUUAUGUCACGACGUGCCUUCUACAUUGGGGCAAUAGUUAUUGAGUUAGGGCACGUUGCUGCUGAGUUUAUGAGAAAUUGCUUGCACAUGGAAAUAACAACAUGGUCCUUUAUCAUUAAAAAGACAGUGAGGCGUCUUGCAGGCAUCUUUUCACUUGUCUUGACUCUUCUUAGAAUCUCCUUGACAGGCAUGCUUCUAUUGGACAGGUUUGUGUACGUGCCUGUUAUGCUUGUUUCUAUGUAUGCUGCAGUCUUAGGGCUGCGCAGCAAGCACACUCCGCUUUUGUGUGGAUCAAUGGGCAUAGGAGUGUUUGUAACAGGCGCACUGAUUGCGUACAUGGGGACAGGCCAGCUGGGUGUUUUCGGGUGGCUUGCUGUGUUUGUAAUGCUCAUUCUUUCGCUAAGCUUUUCAAUUUUUGCCAUCUACAAAAUGUCCUAUAUGUUUGAGACAGCAAAGUGGGACCGGAUAGGCACAUACAUCAAGGACCGGAUUGAGGCCAGGCCGCAGCGCCCGGUGUGCAAUAGCAGGCGCGCAGCGUAG